AAAAAAAAAAAACACCCUUCGCUCAGCUACUCCCCAACUUCUUGGCGCCAAACUCUCUCUCUCUCUCUCUGGUGCAAGCAAUGAGCGCCUGCAAAACCCUGGUCCGUACAUCUCUCUUCUCCCUCGAAUGCAAGCUUCGAAGCACUCGGCCAACCUCCUCCUCAAUCUCCCUUCCACCUCUCACUUACUUCUCUCAUCCUCAAGGACUCAGAAUCGCGCCGUACAGAGUUCCUUUACGAUCUCAUGCUUCUUCCACCGAAGGAGCUGCGCUUCUAAUAGAAGCCACAACUCCAACCCUAGAACCGGAUGAGGGCCUCUCAAACGACACCGUUGAGCAACUCCUCGCAAACCCCGACGACGUCGCGCGGCUCAUGAAGAUGGACCGCCGCUCCGUCACUCUCGACGGGGGAGGCGACUCCGUGCGGUCCGACCGGUGGUUCCCGUACCUCGACCGGUUCAGGUGCGGGACUGGUGAGUGCUUGAGCAGUAGCGAGGUGCUGGAGGCGAUGAGUCCGCACAUAUUAGACGUGAGGAAGGAGAAGUUUCGGAAUGUGGUGCUGAAUAGGAGCUACUCCGUCUGCUUGGUUGUCGAAGGGCUGUGCGAUUUCGGGAAUGUCUCGGCCGUGUGCCGGUCUGCGGACGCACUCGGGUUUCAGUCGGUCCAUGUCGUCUCGUGUGACUCAAAAAGGUAUAGAGAUAACCGCCAUGUUAGCAUGGGCGCAGAGAAAUGGUUGGAUAUUGAAAUUUGGAACUCCACCCAAGAGUGCUUUAAAGUUCUUAAGUCACGUGGUUAUCGAAUAGCAACGACACAUGUGGGAAUGGAUGCGGUAUCCAUAUACGACAUGGACUGGUCAUGCCCAACUGCAAUAGUAGUUGGGAAUGAGAACAGGGGGAUAAGUGAUGAAGCCCUGGAGUUGUCAGAUUUGCAUUGCAGUAUUCCAAUGAAAGGCAUGGUGGACUCUUUCAAUGUGUCAGUUGCAGCAGGCAUCCUCAUGCACCAUGCUGUUUGUGACAGAACUUCACGCCUGGGCUAUCAUGGUGAUCUGACAUUGGAAGAAAGCCAAAUCCUACUUGCAGAGUUCUCUCUGCGUCAUAGCAAGAGUGCGAUUAGCAUUGCCCAAGAGUUUGCGAAGCGAAAGGCAACCGUGUUUACACCUAAGCUUUGAUUGAGAACCAGCAGUUCAACCAUUUGUGAGUUUAAGAAUUUAUGCAGAAAGCGGCUUCAAAAAGUGACACAAAACACGAAAAGAAGUCCUCUAUAAGCCACUCCCGGAAACAGAAGUGAUUUGCUUGAUAUAUGUUACUUUCAGCUGUCGAAACCCAGGUGAGACAAGGCAAUAUGGCAGAUUCUGAGCAUGGGUCGAGGAUUGCCCACUUCGUUUAUGAAGUUGUUUACAAGAAAUGCACUUGUUAAUUGACUUUUUCCUAUUUUCUUUAAUAUUUGAUGUAUUGCAUGUUUAGUUAUAUUUUUCAACCAACCUAGACGGCUACAAGCCCAAAACUCAGAAGAGAAAUGCUAAACAUGCUUAAAAA